AUGGCCGAAUCAGAGCGACAGCCGUCGCCCACAGAAAACCCACCGUCCUCCUCCGUCGCGCCCGGUGAUCACAACGAACUUCUUCCAGUUACGCCCGAGCUUAACCAGAACCAACGAGACGACCUCGACAACGAUUCGGCCUUUGGCGACGAAAUCUCCUCCUACACGUCUUCAGUAACAUCCUCGAUCUACAACUACCCUACGCGCUAUGGCCGCACCUACCACGGCUUCCAGCCGGGGCGAUAUGCCCUGCCCAACGACGAAGCCGAACUCGACCGCCUGGAUCUUCACCACCACCUCAUCUUUCGUGCCAUGGGGAACCGGCUAUACUACGCACCACUCCCAACCGAGUUCUCUGGUCGUGCGCUCGACCUCGCGACCGGGACGGGUAUCUGGGCCAUCGAUUUCGCCGACAACCACCCCUUGGCCACCGUCAUCGGCAACGACCUAGCCCCCACCCAGCCCAGCAUGGUGCCGCCCAACCUGUCCUUCUACAUCGACGACAUCGAAUCCCCAGACUGGACCUACUCCCCCGCCGAGGCCUUCGACUUCAUCCACGCGCGCUUCCUCGCCGGCGCCAUCGCCGACUGGCCCGCCCUGCUGCGCAACUGCUUCACGCACACCAAGCCCGGCGGGCACGUCGAGUUCCAAGACUGGAACACCUGGCUCUACUCGCAGAACGACACCCUCCCCCCGGACUCGGCCCUCAACAAGUUCCACCAGCUCACCGCCGGCGGCCGCCACGCACAGGGCUACAACAUGCGCCCCGGCCCCUCCCUCGAACACUACCUCAAGGAAGCGGGCUUCGUGGACGUGACGGCCACCAAGAUCCACCUGCCGCUCGGCCCCUGGCCAAAAGACCCGGACCUCAAGGAGAUCGGCAUCGUCAAUCUCGUGCAGAUGGAUCGCGCGAUCGAGGGGAUCUGUCUCGGCGUGCUGACGCAGUUGCCGCCUGAGGCGGGUGGGCCGUGGUCGCAUGACGAGAUACAGGUUUUCCUGGCGGAGAUACGGAAGGAUAUGCGCAAUAAAAGGAUUAAUGCGCUCUAUGAUUUCUAUGUGGUUUGGGGGAGGAAGCCCGAGGUCUAA